AUGCCGCGCUCCUUCCUGGUGGACUCGCUGGUGCUGCGCGAGGCAGGCGAGAAGAAGGCCCCGGAGGGCAGCCCGCCGCCUCUCUUUCCCUACGCCGUGCCCCCGCCGCACGCACUGCACGGCCUCUCGCCCGGCGCCUGCCACGCGCGCAAGGCCGGGCUGCUGUGCGUGUGCCCGCUUUGCGUCACCGCCUCGCAGCUGCACGGGCCCCCCGGGCCGCCCGCGCUGCCUCUGCUCAAGGCAUCCUUCCCGCCCUUCGGCUCGCAGUACUGCCACGCGCCCCUAGGCCGCCAGCACUCGGCCGUGUCGCCCGGGGUCGCUCACGGCCCCGCUGCCGCGGCUGCCGCCGCCGCGCUCUACCAGACUUCCUAUCCGCUGCCCGACCCCAGGCAGUUCCACUGCAUCUCCGUGGACAGCAGCUCCAACCAACUGCCCAGCAGCAAGAGGAUGCGCACCGCGUUCACCAGCACGCAGCUGCUAGAGCUGGAGCGCGAGUUCGCCUCUAACAUGUACCUGUCCCGCCUACGCCGCAUUGAGAUCGCCACCUACCUGAAUCUGUCCGAGAAGCAGGUGAAGAUCUGGUUCCAGAACCGCCGGGUGAAGCACAAGAAGGAGGGCAAAGGCAGCAACCACCGGGGCGGCGGGAGCGCGGGCGCCGGCAGUGGUGCACCGCAAAGCUGCAAAUGCGCGUCGCUCUCCUCAGCCAAGUGCUCCGAGGAUGACGACGAAUUGCCCAUGUCUCCGUCUUCUUCGGGGAAAGACGACCGGGAUCUCACGGUCACUCCCUAG